GCAUUUUGGCCAAUAGCCCAUACUUUAUUCCCAUAAAUAAGUAACACGGUCGCCCACCGUGGAUUGGAAACGAAGAAGAAGAAGAAGAAGAAGAGCACUCGAAAAGAGAGAGGGAGAGAGAGAGGGAGGAUUGCGUUGGGGAGAGAGAGAGAGAGAGAGAGAGAGGAGUCCAAGGGUUGGUCGAAAGGGGGGGCGAGGGUAGGAUCCGAGUAAUAUAAUAGAUGGAGGGUUGGGAUGCGGGGACGAAGAGCGCGGUGACGCAGAUCCCGCUGCUGGGGACGCGGGCCGGGCCGCGGGACGGGGCGGCGUGGACGCAGCGGCUCAAGGAGGAGUACCGCGCGCUGAUUGCCUACACCUCCAUGAACAAGUCCCGCGACAACGACUGGUUCCGCAUCUCCGCGUCCAACCCCGAGGGCACCCGGUGGUCGGGGACCUGCUGGUACGUCCACAACCUCCGCCGCUACGAGUUCCCCCUCCAGUUCGACAUCCCCGUCACCUACCCCGCCACCGCGCCCGAGAUCGAGCUCCCAACCCUCGACGGAAAGACCCACAAGAUGUAUAGGGGAGGGAAGAUCUGCUUAACGGUGCACUUCAAGCCGCUCUGGGCCAAGAACUGCCCUAGGUUUGGGAUUGCACAUGCACUUUGCUUAGGGCUUGCGCCGUGGCUCGCGGCCGAGGUACCCAUUCUGGUGGAUUCUGGUGUGGUGAAGCAUAAGGAUGACGAGGCCUCUCCUGCAGAGUCUUCUUCCUGAGUAAGAUCUACUUUUGGUGAUUUGGUGGAAUUAUGAUGGGAACUGUCCUAGAGAGAGAAAGAGAGAGUAAUUAAGAGCAUAUUGAUUUACAUUUUAAAUAUUGAGAUUGGUGUGCUUUCUAAUAAUAUGUAAAAGUAAUCAUGUAUCUGCAGGAAGAAGUUGCUAUCUGAUUCUUGAAUUCAUCUCGUGAUAAUUUUUUUUUGUGCUGUAGUUUCCCAGGGUUCUAUUAUAUUAAAUUUUAAAUUUGCCUUCUCUAUAUCUGUCAGAGAUGAUGUGCUUGGAAUAUGUUACUAACAUUUUCAUUCUUGUAGCUAUUUAUUGGCCCUUUGGUGAACAAAAAGAAAACUAAAUAAAAAACGACAAUGUUAUUACUA